UUUGUGGCUGCCACGUCACCAAGUUCGCCAACAAAAUCGAAUGGAUAUCAAGCAGGCGGUGGGCAUGCGAGAGCAUAGCUUAUGGUACAUAUCAGAACAGCGAGAGACGUGCUAGUGUGCUACAGCAAUGGAGCCUGCGGUAAUUACGACGGGAGCAACCCUUGCCAUCUCCGCAGCCAGGCGCAUCCUUGUCGUCCCGUCUCCCCGCGUCUUCGCGUCCAUCGGCGGUGGCGGCGGGGGAGGCAUCCGCUUCUUUGGUGGCGGCGGCGGCGGCGGCGGCCGGGAAGGAGGAGACUCUGGUGCCAGCGGUGCAGCGGCGGCGGCAGCCGCGGCAGCACUCGGUGAGGAGGCUGGGACGGCGGACGCCGAUGUCAUCCUGCUCCACGUCGAGGGGAUGUCGUGCGGUGGAUGCGCCGCCAACGUCAAGCGGAUUCUCGAGAGCCAGUUACUCCGUACUAAACUUCUGCAGCCUGAGGUUGCUUCUGCCACGGUCGACUUUGAGAAGGCGGCUGCGGUCGUGUGGACAACACCUGAAGCCAAGGCAACAAAAGACUGGCACAAGCUACUGGGUGAGAAACUUGCGAACCACCUAAGCAGCUGUGGAUUUCAAUCUCAUCUGCAUGAUGAAGCCGAAGGUGAACCAAGUCAAUUCGGCCUUAGCAGGGCGUAGUCUUGAAGGUUUUACCAAUCUGAAGUUUUUAACUAGUCAUGUUAAAGUUGGACGUGCGGCUAUCUGAAAUACGUUUUGUUUGUGAGUUCUGUAGUUCCAGGUCAUUUGUUUUUUGCCUGUCUCUCACCAAUCACCAAUGACAAUUGACAAAGUAUUCCAUAAAUCCUACGUCCUAAAGUAAUUUCCAAGA